AUGGCGAACGCGCUGGCGGCCUUCGUGGAGGCGAAUGAGAAUGGCUUGAAUGAGGAGGCAAAGCGAGUGCUGCUGUCAAUGUCACCAGAGGAGCAAGCCAUUGUGAUAGAGCGCGGCAGCUUGUCAGGUUGCAAGAAUCCAGUCGCCGUGAUCAAGUCGCGAGUUAAACAGCCGCGACUGAAGCAGGCAAGGAGGAGGCCAGUCAAGGAUCAGGUGUCAAUCUCAGCGGCAAAGAGGUGGGCGCCUGAACCCAGAGCGCCGGAUCCGCCGAGGCAGCUGGGAUGCCUAGCUGUGGGCAACCUUGCGCCGUGUGCCUCGGUCUUUGAUUUGCACGCGAUCUUCAGCUUCAUGGACGGUUUGGUGGCAGUGCGGGUCUUCCGCAACAAGGAUGUGCCAGAGCUUUUGUCCCAUGGGCUUUGCGAGUUCAUUUCUGUUGACUGUGCGGAGCAAGCCAUGAAGGACGCGCAGGGCAUUGAGCUGCUUGGGCAAAGUUUGGAGCUGAAGCUGCUGGACGAGGUGGAUUAUUCGGGCAUCAGCAAGACAGAUGUGCACAUGGCCCAGGAGACCCACUUAGAUGCGGCCAGGCAAGUCUUCAUUCCGAAGACGCUGCGCAGGUGA